GGUCCCAAGGAAGAUAUAAAAGCAAAGCUUUAUCCGAGUUGAAGCUGGCCCUCGGUGAUCAUCAAUUGAACGAUAUAGCCGGAGCUUUUGAAAAUGAUUCCGGAGGCGAGUACUUCAUGUUUCCCCAAUGCGUCGCAAGGGCUGCCGAUGUAUCCUAUAUUGGAUGAUGAUGACAAUAUUAAUGUUCCAUACUCUUCUAUUGAAGCAGCAGCUGGUCCAGGCCUGGAUCAGCCUCAUUCAAGCUCUUUCCUCUAUAGUCUAUCAGUCCUGAAAGAUAAAGUUCAUCAAGUUCAAUCAUUUGUUAGCAUCCUCUCCGAUCAAGUCCACCCUGAUUCAACCAGGUUUUUAGCCAUAGCAAGCAUGGGUUCUUUGGUUCAAGACAUCAUCGUAACAGCGUCAUCGAUGGUAGUCGUUUGCCAACAAAUGUCUCUUGGAACCAUUUCAGGUAAUAAGACUAGUAGUACUGAUAAUUGUGGUGGUGAUAACUUAGUUAAAGACAGAGAACAGGGUUAUCCUAGUACUGAUCAAACAUUCAGUUGGUACGACCGCAAUAGCAACGACGAUAACCGAUGUUGGCGAGUCGAUAACAAUGAUAUAUUGAAGAAUAAAGAAUUGGCUGACAUGGUUCAACGAAGCAAAACCAGUGAAGGGUCGUCACUGGGGAAUGUUUCGGCUUCGAAUUGCGAUAUAGUCGAAUUGGAUGCCGAGGACUUGUUAGCUAAGUACACGCAUUACUGCCAUGUUUGUGGAAAAGGGUUCAAGCGAGAUGCGAAUUUGAGGAUGCACAUGAGAGCUCAUGGUGAUGAAUACAAGACCAAUGCCGCUUUGGUUAACCCCGUGAAGAAUCACGAUGGAAGUAAUGAGGGCAUGGGAAAGUGUUCGACGAAAUUCCCAAAGAAGUAUUCGUGCCCGAAAGAAGGCUGUAGGUGGAACCAGAAACACGCUAAGUUCCAACCGUUGAAAUCCAUGAUCUGCGUGAAGAAUCAUUACAAGAGGAGCCAUUGUCCGAAGAUGUAUGUCUGCAAGCUGUGCAACCGGAAGCAGUUCUCGGUGCUGUCGGAUCUCAGGACUCACGAAAAGCACUGCGGUGAUCUUAAGUGGCAAUGUUCAUGCGGAACCACAUUUUCGAGGAAAGAUAAGCUUAUGGGUCACGUUGCUUUGUUCGUUGGCCACAGGCCGGUUGAUGCUAAUGUUUUGACAGCGCAAGGAAAGCUCGAAAACUAAGCCACCACUUCAACAAGAUAAUAUAGGUAAAUGUCCUUAGUACUAAAAAAGA